AUGCCUGCAGAGAAUAUAGCUUGGCUAGACGUCGGCUUGCAAGAGGAUUCUAGGGCUGCAGUCCGAGACUAUGGUCGAUUGAGAGAACUUAUCUCCCAGCUUCCUACACCACAAAAACAAUAUCCGUCUAUCUGUGUGUUUUUAGGAGGUAGGUUUAAACAGACCGUUAUGCAAAGCAUGUUUCCUAUGAACAAUAUCAAGCGGCACAGCUCAAAAGUUGCUAUCAAGCUGCGAGCCGACAUUUCCACAACUACCUCGCAGAAUCCCAUGCUCUUUGCGGAAGGUGAUGAUUUUGGUCUUCUCCAGUGUAUUAAUCCACUGAUAUUCAAGCCUGGCCAGGGCCAGAUCACCUCCUGGUCCUGUGAUCCACCAAGCAAGAUUCAUCUAGUCCUGUGGUCCCUGCUUAUAUUCCUGUUCACCGAUGUGAUCUGUCUGUGCUUGGGAGAACGAUCAGAGGUUGAUGCUGCCAUACAAUUUCUGAUAGAGUGUGCCGACAUUCGGAAUACGCUUCCUUCUAUAAUUCAGCCACGGGUCAUCCUGAUUUUACAAAGCCCGGCAACAGAGACCACAUCGUGGAGAUCUCAAGUCGAUGAAAGACUCUGUCGCGCUCAGUGUGUUCGCCUUGGAGAUUCGUUCUCUAGUAUAACUACCAUGUGCUUCCGAUCUAAUGACCUCUGGCUACAAGGUCGACUUAAAAGCACAAUUACUACAGAGAUAGCCAUAGUGAGAGGUGUGCGUCAGUCCAAGGGGUCUCUCCUUAAUGGGCCCCACUUAGAAUCGACGUUCCAACUUGCGCUCGGACAUGUUUUAUCUUCCAUUACUUCGCCUUUUGACCUAGUUCAAGCGACAAGAAUAUCGCGUCCAGUGAGUGCCAACAUUACGGAGCACAUGGUCCACUAUGUCGACGUUGGGAAAUAUGCGGGGUUAACGCCACAUGAUCUUGCCCCCUCAAUGGCAUCCGCACUUUUCAUGGAUCACUAUGUUCCUGGAACCGUUGGAUUCGAACCGCGCCAUGUUUUCCGGUCCUUAUACGAAGCGUCAAUAAAAGAUGCAUGUAACAUGCAUUGCUCACCAGGGUUAGAAAUUGAAAUCGAGGAUAAAUUCAUGAGCCUUUUUGACCGAUUCGAAGGCGGCACCUCGUCAAUCACAUUACGAGCAGAGCAAUUGAACUCCCAAAAACAGAUCCUACGUCACAUCCAUAGCAAUAGGAUCUGCUUGGUCUGUCUACUGGGAGUGGCACAACAUGUGCUCUCUUGUGGCCACGCUCUAUGUGAUCGCUGUGUGCAGGUUUUCGGCACGCCCACAGCUGGGUACGAUUAUCGAUUUACGAUCGGCAGCUGCCUCUAUUGUUGUUACCAACGACCACUUAUCGUAGAUAUUAUGGGCCCAACAAUGAGCCCAUCAAUAUUGGCUAUAGACGGUGGAGGGGUCCGUGGGGUUAUCCCCUUGGAGUUCCUUUUGCUUGUACAGGAGCACUUGAACCCAUGCACGAUCCAGGAUGUGAUCGAUCUUGGGAUAGGUACUAGUUCAGGUGGUCUGAUAAUCCAAGGCCUCUUUAUCAUGUCCUGGACUGUGCCGGAAUGCUCUCGUACUUUUGAAAGCCUAGCCCAUCGUAUCUUUAGCCAGCGGCGGAAUUCUGCCGCUCUGAACUUGAUUCGCCCAUUCAUAACGGGCCGGUCAUUGGUCAGCGAAUCAGCUCGAUGGCUGAGUUGGCUACUCCGUGAUAGCUGCUACGAUGCUCGUGUAUUCGAUGAUGUCCUAAAGGAGACUUUUGGAGAGUAUAGACGGAUGUUUGGCCCUAGUCGAGAUGAUCCAAGGGAGCAGUCAUACUCCAGCACCAAGGCCGGCGUGGUUGCGACAGGAAUCUCCCGAGACACGAGCACAUUUGUCUUCGCUAACUUUAAUCCGACGAAUCUGCAAGGAAUUGGCUCUUUUCAGGACGGUGGGCUGAAACAUAACUUCGCUGGCGCUAUUGCCCUGGAAGUUUCCCACCAGAUCUGGCCAAACGCUGGCGGGUCAGUUCGGAUGUUAUCCCUAGGCACCGGGAUAACGGAGCUAUCCGUGAACCAGACGCCCCAUUUUCGAAACGUUUUUCGGGACAGCUUUUUACGCCGAGGGUUCGACGCGUGGAUGUCAACUAUGGACACUGAGCAGGACUGGAGGAAGUACAAGAGCCGCCUCUCGAGGCAGGGGGCCUUUGACACCAUCAGACUGAACGUCCCCCUAGGUGAUACACCAAAUGGGAUUGACGCGGUUGCUAGAAUAGAAGAAUACCGCGGCCUGGUUAUUGCCCAACCCGGCAGCGCUAGGAUGGCCCGGGAGGCCGCUACCAUGCUACUCGUAUCUCGAUUUUACUUCAUUAUUUGUGGCCUACCGGAAGACACCACGGCCCCUUUUUGGUGUUGCGGUAUGAUUCGUUGCAAGGGACCCGCACAGUCCAUCAUUGAAGCCCUGGAGCAUCUUUACCCUGACGGCACGAGGUGGAUGUCUGAUUAUGGACUGCUGGAGAACUUCCAGGGACAAUCCGGGAUUUGCCCAUCAUGCGGGGGCUACAGCCAAGAAAUCAGAAUCCUUGCUCGACAUGAGGACCAUGAGAUCAACAUUUUCCUUGAAACCGGGUCCAAGAAGCGAUGGCGAGCCAGCGGAUUCCCUGCCACUGUGGCUUCAUUUGUGGACAAGCAGGGCUUCCAUUCACGUUUCGGCCGGGACGAUCACGGAAAACCAGGCUGGGCUUCCUGUAAAAUGUGUGACGUCUCCCGAAUGCAAACAAAGAGAAAGUGCGCAAUUGUGGCUCCCAACGCCGAGACCCCGAAGAGAGCCCGGCGGCCUGAGCGCAAAUAG